ACUCCCACUCUUUAUAAUGCCUCUUGUAACAUUUUGUUGUCUUUCUUUGUAAACGGAUGUUGUAAACUGGGUUUUGUCUCUAUAGGUUGACUUGUAUACUAGUAAAACUUACAAAAAGCUUUAUGGGCUUUGAGCAUUUGUGCUUGAUGAUGACAAAUCUUCGUAUUACAUGUGGGUUUUGUCUUGAUUUUCCUUUGUGGUUUGUUGUACAAGUGUGUGUUAUUCAAUUUUGUUAGUUUCUUGGUUGGCUUUUCACGUUCUUGACUCCAUGAAAGGUGGUAGGUUGGUGGGGUUGACUUGGAAUUCUAAGAGAGAAACUGCCAAUCUUCAAAAGGAAUUAUUUGGGAAUACUGAAACAGCCAUGGUGAGCAUUCGAAGGCGCAAGCUCUUAGGACUCUGUUCAGGGCUAAAUUCUUCAGUUGCUCCAAUUUCCAAGUAUGAGCAAGGACAACAUACUGAAAAUCGUGUAGAUAACACAAAACCGGUCAGUGUUCACCCCAUGGUUUUAGAUGAUAUUGACCCACUAAAAGAGAGAACUUCCGUGGAAAUUGGGCCUGGUUCAUCAAAUGUUCCAACUUCCAGUCCCCUAAAAGAGCAUCAUAUUCAUCAAUUCCCAGAGCUUAAACGCAGAAAGCGGCACAGAAGAAAGCACGUCGAAAACCAAGAACAAUGUAUUAUGAGAGGUGUCUAUUUCAAGAAUAUGAAAUGGCAAGCUGCAAUCAAAGUUGACAAGAAACAGAUCCAUUUGGGAACUGUAGGGUCUCAGGAAGAGGCAGCUAAGCUAUAUGACAGGGCUGCAUUCAUGUGUGGAAGGGAGCCCAACUUUGAACUAUCGGAGAACGAAAAGCAGCAACUUGGGAAAUUUAACUGGGACGAAUUUUUAGCUAUUACGCGAUCUGCAAUAACUAGCAAAAAAAACCAGAGAAGAACAGGGCCAGUUUAUCAAAGAAAACUCGAGACUAAUGGUUGGGGUGGUGAGCAAGGACUCAAUGGUUUCUCGGCCUCAGUAGACAACCCAUUAGUCCCUUGAUUUUCACCUUUCUUGCGACAGGCUGAGCAAUUUUUGAAAAUCAUGUUUCUAUAUUCAGACUUGUAAUUCUAUUCAAUUCUUGGUAUAUAAAAGUCCCUAUUAAGGCAGCUGAUGUGGAGUUUAUAGAUAUAUAUAUGUAUUUGGUUAAAUAAAUGAAUCAAAUCAUAUGCA